CUAGGUAGACUACACGUAACAGUCGAUGACGAGAAGUGCCGGUGGUGUCUGAGUCUCCCGCUGGUGUGUUUUGUUCGGGGUACGGGGUCUCAAUACCCCCCUUAUUCACUUGUACAUAAAGAAAACUAAAUUUCGAAAUGUCGGGACAAACUUUAAAUGACAGAUUAACAGCUGCAAGGCAUGCUCUUGCUGGACAAGGGCUAGCUAGGAUAGUGUGCAAGGCUACGACUGAAGAAAUAAUAGGACCAAAAAAGAAACAUUUAGAUUAUUUACUACAUUGCACGAAUGAACCUAAUGUGUCCAUUCCACAGUUGGCCAAUUUGCUUAUUGAGAGGACGCAGAACACCAGCUGGGUUGUUGUUUUCAAAGCUCUCAUCACAGUUCAUCACCUUAUGUGCUAUGGAAAUGAAAGGUUUACGCAAUAUUUAGCAUCAAGUAAUUGCACGUUUCAACUAGGAUGUUUCUUAGACAAAGUUGGAGUUCAGUCUUAUGACAUGUCUACUUUCAUAAGGAGGUAUGCAAAAUAUCUCAAUGAAAAGGCUGUGUCAUAUAGGACAGUUGCAUUUGAUUUCUGCAAAUGCAAGAGGGGGAAAGAUGAUGGUAUUCUAAGGCAGAUGAAUACAGAACAAUUAUUAAAGACAUUACCUGCUUUGCAAACUCAACUUGAUGCUUUAUUAGAAUUUGAUUGUUCAACAAAUGAUUUGUGCAAUGGAGUGGUCAAUGCUUGUUUUAUGUUACUUUUCCGAGACCUCGUUAGGCUAUUUGCUUGUUACAAUGAUGGAAUUAUAAAUCUUCUUGAAAAAUAUUUUGAUAUGAAUAAAAAACAUGCUCGAGAUGCUCUAGAUAUCUACAAAAAAUUUCUGAUUAGAAUGGAUAGAGUUGCUGAAUUCUUGAAAGUUGCUGAGAACAUUGGUAUCAAUAAAGGUGACAUACCUGAUUUAACUAAGUUGGCACAACGUUGUGGGAAUCUCCCUAUCUUUAGUUCUAAGCAUGCUCCCAGUAGUCUUCUGGAAGCCCUAGAGCAACAUUUAGCCACCUUAGAGGGAAGGAAAGGUUCUACAUCAGCUGCAUCUGCUGCUGCAAGAGCUACAAACUUGCGAAAUGCUGUAUCUGCUUUAUCACAUACGAGCAAUGCGUUCAGCAGUGCUGGAGAGAAUUCAAUGCAACAGGAAGUAAAUGGGGUCAAAGUAGAUGAAAAUGUAAGGAAGGCUGUUGAAGAAGAAGCAGAAGUUAUGAAUCAGCUUAAGUUUGACAAUGAUUCUCCUCUUCUAUGGGAGCAACCUGCUUGGGAAGAUUCGGAGCGACGUUUGAAAGAAAUGAGCUCUGGUAGCGAAUUAAUAUCGCCACCAGCAGGCUCGGUGAAAACCAAUCCGUUUUUGUCGUCUCCUUCAGAACCUACAAAUGCAGCCGGUACUACACCGACGUCUAACCAAAAGAUAAUGGAUCUUUUCAAUACAUCUACUACAGAUCAGAAUACUAAUGAUUCUGUUGCACCAGCUAGUGAUGAUCUGUUAUGUCUGAAUAACAAUGUUAGUAGUAAUCCAUUUGCAGAUAGCUUAUUUAGUGGUCAACAGCAACCUCAGGCACAAAAAGACCAGAAUUCAUUUGAUGCGUUUACCAAUGGUUUUGGAUCAACUAAUGCAUUUGCAUCCGAUGCAUCAUUUGCAGCAGCCUUUGGCGAUAGUCCUAGUGCAGCUAACCAAGACUCUUCUGCUGAUAAUGCUCCUAUUGCUUCAUCAGCUCCAGAGAAAAAUACUACAAAACUUAGUCUUCCUGUUAUGGAACCCUUUGGAGGUCGUUCUACAUCACCUUCUCCUACUGCUGAACUUAUGAGGGGUGCUGGCACAACACCAAUUUUGGCCAAUGUUCCAGAAGGAGGUUUUGGAGAAACAGUUGAAACUGCUGAGGAACCUACUGUCCCUGUAACAUCAACAAAAGAAGAAACAUCAGAUCUUAUAUGGGGCAGUAGUUCCACAACAGAAAUUUCAACUAUUGUAACUUCAACUGCAACUGGUGACCUAUUUGGCGCUCCUUUUGAGCCAACUCCUGCAACUACUACAGUACCAACAGCUGUUGUUACCCCUCUGUCAUUUCAACCAGAGGCCGAAUCUGUUAAUAAAGACUUAUUUGGCUUUGAUAGUAAUGAAAUGAGUGAAUUUGGAGAGCAGCCAUUAUCUGCUCAGCCAUGUGCUCCACCACCUUCACCUUUUGGAGGAUUUGACAUGAGUCUUGGCUCAGUAGGUGCAGGUUCAACUGCUGACCUCAGGGCUCAAGCUAUUGCAAAUGCUGUAGGUGUUGCUUUACCUAUGCCGGUGCAACAAAAAGUGCCGGCUUCUGGAACUGGUAUCGAUGAUUUAAAUUUUGCAAUUCAUCAGGUGAUGCAACCAAAGCCUUCUCCUGUAUUAGCUGCUUCUCCAACUCCUUCAACAAUGCCUGGGCCAAGGCCUGGUUUUGUUGGACAGCCUUUCCCUCCUGUUGCUCCUGUGCUUCCCAUGGGUAGUGCUACUCCACCUCCUGCCUCUACUUCUCUAACGCGGCUUGACAAUGUAUCUGGUGCUGCCAGCACCCCUACUGGCCGAGCCUCAUCUACUCCUGGAUAUGGCACUCCUCCUUCUGGAAUGAGCUCUCCAGCAAAGUCAAUAGCAGGCUUUGGAGCUUCCAUGUCAGGGGGAUUUGAUGCAUUUGGAGAUACACUUCAACCACAAGCACCCAUUAGCAAACCAACAUCAGGAGAUAAAACAAGCACUUCCAGCAUACUAAAGGGUGAUCUUGAUUCAACAUUAGCUAGCUUGGCCUCCAAUUUGGAUAUAAAUGGUCCUAAACAAGCUUUAAAAAAGACAAGUGGCCAUCAGUGGGGAUCACCAAAACCACCUGUGAAAGCAACUGGUCCUGCUGGUUGGACAGCACCUGCUGCUGUAGUACCUGUUGCUCCUAAUGCUGUUCCAUCUGGAGGAUGGUCAUCAUCUCCUCAGCACGUUUUUACACAGAUGAGUCAAACUGUUCCAGGAACAGGACAGUGGACUGGUGCAAUGGGUGGUACUUUUCCACAGCAGACUCCAGCUGCAGUCUAUCAGCAAACAGCAUUUAUGCCUGGAAAUGUUAGGCCUGCUGUUGUGCCCACAAUGGGAACAAUGCCAAUGGGUAGUGGCAUGCCAUCUAAUGUUCCCAUACAGCAACCUGUGUAUGGCUUUGUUUCUCAGGUGCCUCUCAUGCCAUCAGCAACACCAGGGUUACCAACACAAACCACAUCAGUCAACGAUCCUUUUGGAGCCCUGUGAAAGAUGAUGGCUGAUUGGCAGCUUGAACAUGGACUGGCUAAAGAGCUUCGGCUUUUAAUUGAAUUGUUGCCUUUAUUUCUUUAGCGUUCACCAGUUAAUGAAAUGUGAUGAAUAAUAAUAUUGUAAAAUAUGAUUUGUUGCAUUGUAUUGUAGCUAUCAUAAAUGUCCCUGUUAUAUAAAUGUUAGGCGUUUAUCAUUAAAUAAAAAACAUGUGAAUAUACACUAUUUUGUUCCUAUUGUAUAGCUGCUGGCAGUGUUGUAUUUUCUGACUAACUCUGCUGUAAUACAAUCUGUUUAUUAAAGUGAUAAAUUUCCAAAUAUUUCAUUUGUUUUGCCGUUGGGUCGUUGGUUUUGUAUUGAAGUAUUUUCAUAAAUCUUAAAUUAUUUGAAUCGGAAGUCAUUCCUCUGGGUAAAUGCUAGUUGCAGGAAUUCUUUGAAAUUAAUGUAUAUGUAAAAAAAUUGUUUGCUGUUUAUUUAAUGAGCUAGUUCUCAUCAAGUAUUUUUAAUUGAUGUAACAGAACACUUUAGAUUAAAUGGUAUAUUUUUCAUUUGUAAAAACCAUUCUAUGUGUUAUAUGCAACUUGCAUUUAAUCGGAGUUUUCUUCAUGUGUAAGAUUUAACGGUGGAUAAUCAUUCAGAUAUAGGGCAGAAAUUGUAGUUCAUUGUUCAUCAGAUAGAUUUGUAAUAAAACUGUUAUGCUAAAAUACCAAAAUGUAACCUAUGCAAAGAAUUCUAAAUAGUAGUUCUGACUUAUGCAUGAUCAAUGUUCAGAAUUUCCAUUUAUCCAUACUAUAUGUAAUAAAUGAAAACUAUCUUAACUACUUUUGAUCAAUGAAAAAAAUAUAAAAAAUUUGUAAUCCGUUCUAACCGCUUACUUUGUUCUACUUUCUCUUAUGUUUUCAAUGAAACUGAUGUUUUACGUAUCAUGUGCAUUAAAAACUUUGUCAGAAUCUGUGAAAACAAACCAAUAUGUAAUUAUUUGUCCAGCAGUUUUCAUCAUCUAAAGAGUUCAUGUAUAUUUCUUCAAUAGUAGCAAGAUCCUGAAAGAGUGAGAGCACAUGGUUGAUAUAUAAUAAAAAAUCCUUUAAUUGUAA